AUGGCGUCCUAUCUCCGGAAUUUGUUCGGUGGUAACAACAACUCGUCUUCACGAUCACGGUCCUCAUCAAAGGGGCAUUCUGAAGGCUCGCAAACAAAAAGCCACAGUCAUUCCCGGUCUUUAACCUCUUCUACUUCGAAACCCACUGUUGUGUACGCUACUUCUUAUACUACUUCAACUUCAUCAGCACGAAUGCCAAGUCCUUCGCGAACCCAAAGACCGUCGCCUUUGCGUUACAACACUUAUGACUCGACGCCAAUCUCUUCGAAGACACGGCCUAUGCGUCCGCUCGAGCUGCGCUCUGGAUCUGUCAGUUAUCAAUCUGGUGAUACGUUCGUUCCUUACCCAAUUUAUACUCCUGAUCUCUCGAGCAACUCGCGCACGAAUUCCAAUUCUUCGCUUUAUCCAGCAUCUUCUGUCUCUGGCCAUGGCUAUAGCUAUUCCUCUAGUAAUCCGGGCAGUCGACCACCGAUGGCUCCACGGACAUCGAGCUCCGGGAGCGUUCCUGCACGGCCUGCAUUGAAACAGACAAAUACAUGGCAUGCUGGAGAGUCACCAUCUCGUUCUCAUUCUCAUGUUUCCUUCGUAAACCCCAAACGUCGAAUUACGCUUCACAUGCACCCUCUGCUCGCCGCCUCCCAGUUUAGUCGUGCACCCAUUUGUUAUGACGUCUCUCGCCCACCGUCUCCUCAAACAAUCGUCGACCGGAGCACUCGAAGUGCUAUACCUACACAUACGCUCAACCAGCCAGCUACAGAUCCUCCUACCAUGUCCAGGCUCGUUCUUCGAAGCAGCAAGUUUCCUUGGCCUAUAGUAGUGGAUGCUGGGUGCUCUUCUCAGAAAAAGACUGUUCCCAAAUUUUACUUGGGUGGAUCGUCACCUACUAAUUCUCACUAUCCGUCCUCCACUUCCGUCUCUUGUGCUGACGUCCUCCAUGCGGUGCACAACACGCUCUCGCACGCGGCCACGCCGGAAGAGUGGGACGCGCUUGGUCGUGGAAGUCAUCCUCAACGCAAGAUUUCCCGGGCGUACGACCGAAGAUGUCGUUCUCUGGGUAGUGGAUGGGACGGAGGAAUCCGAAGGGUGGAUCGGUUAGGGGAGAAAUGCCGUCUUGUCGGUGCGGAAGUCGACAAGGACUCGUGUUCCAGCGUUGGGAAUCUAGUUUUUGGAAGAUCCUGA